AUGCCGAAGCAUCUGCAGUUCAAUCCGCACAUACACACGGGCUAUCGGCCACUCAUGCGACCCGGCGACUGCUUGAGGAGCAUCUUCAGCCUGCACAACGAGACUGUUAACAUUUUGACGCAUGGAUUCGCCAUCGUUUAUAUAUUAGUGACUGUGCCGUACAUGUUGCCUUGGGGCGCUCGUGGCGCACUGACGGGCUUUUUGUCCUGGUGCCACCUGAUCGGCGCCGUCAGUCCCUGGAUCGGCUCCUUUCUCUAUCACGUCUUCAUGAACCUCGACUACGGCGAGGCCGUCUACAGGAACCUCCUCAAGCUCGACAUGCUGGGAAUUUGGAUCUGCCAGAGUGUCGCAAACAUAAAAAAAAUACCAGAAAUAAGUUUAUCAACAUCACGAGUUUUGGCCUGCACGGAUUAA